UGAUAAAGUUCCAGUACACUUUCAUGUCAUUCGCAUUAUUCUGGCUAGAAGAGUCAAGAUGUUAUCAGAUGAUUGACAUAAUAGAAAAUAAUCAUAUCUCAGUAUAUUAAUGAAAUGUAUGCGUUUCUAACUGGAUAAGAGGUGAUGCUUCUUGAUCCGUUUUAUUUGAUUGGUGAAUUGAGUUAAUUUCUUAAUCAGUGGAAUGGCAUAUAUAAAUUCAUAUCUUCAGAAUGAACAUUGCAUUGCCUUUUUUUAACCUAGCUUUAUGCUUGUGCAUUGUGUGUAUGUUUGUUGUUCUUUUUGAAUUCUGAAUGGAUAAUUCUUGUUUAAUCUCCAGCGACACUAUUGAUGAUGAAUUUGUAUCUAAGGAGGUGUGUCCUAUUUGUGGCAAGAAGUUUACAUUGAAACAAAAUUUAAAACAACAUCUAAAGAUCCAUACAGGAGAACGUCUCUUUCAGUACGAGGACUGUGGAAUGUCUUUCUAUAGACUGUGGAAUGUCUUGAACCGACAUAUGAGGCUUCAUACUAAAAAAACACCUUUUCAGUGCAGUAUGUGUUUCAAGAGAUUCACACGUGUUGAUAAUUUAAGAGUUCAAGAAGCGAUUCAUCUCCGAAAUUUUACUUGUGCGAUGUGUAUGCGAGUUUUCUUGAAAACAAGUGAUCUAAAUAGACGUUUGAAAUUUCAUGAAAGAACCUUCAGAUGUAGUGUAUGUUCUAAAAAAUUUAGAGAAGCUGAUGGUUUGAAAAGUCGUGAAGCUUAUCAUUUUAAAUUUUUAGUGAAUGUUUAGAAGUUUUUUCAAGUAAGAAGGAUUUGAAGAGACAUGAAAUCCCAUGAAACAUUUUUUAACUGUAGUAGCUGUCCAAAACGAUUUACUGAUGACAAUGCUUUGAAACAGCAUGAAACUUCCCAUCUUAGAAACUGUAUCCAGUAUUCAGAAGUAUUUAAAAGAAAAAGUGAUCUACUACGUCAUAUUCCAAUGGAACAUGAUGUGACACGAGUCCUGCAAAUACGAAGAAAAGUUGACUCUGUUAAUGAAUGUAAGUCCACUAAAAUCACAGGUCUUAAUGGUAUGUUCUCAACUGAAUCGAUUUUCUCUAACACAGAGAAUGAUGAAGAUUUAGAUGUGUUUCUUGAAUAUAUAAAAUUGCAACUUGUAGAAAAACUGAGUUAUGAUGUAGACACAUAUCGGUGUCUGAAAUGGUAUUUAACAGUUACCGUUAAAAUGAGUCGUGAGAAUGUAGAUGGAGACACUGAAUAGAUUUAUCCUCAUUUUUGUAGAAACUGUCAGCAGUUAUUUAAAGGGCAUGAUAUAGAAACAGAGAUUGACGAAGCCUUCGAAAAAAUAAAAAAGAGCGUUGAUGAAUUUAAUGAACGUGGCUCAAUGAGGAUCUUAGAAAAAGUUGUUGAAUGCGAGCUAAAUAUUGCAAAAUAUGGACCUCUUUCUGUUAACAGAUAGUUAUUUACUCAUAAGAGAAUUAAACUUUAAAUAUGUAUGCAUAUAGUAUAUCUAACGAAUAAUGAUAUUACAUUGACUAAUGUAAAUAACUGAUGAUACAUGUAUUAACAAAGUGAAUUCUCACUUUUAUGAAGUUCAAAGCAUUACUACAAAUAUCAUUUAUAAAAGGUUUAAAUUAAUUUUAUCUAAUAUAUGCAAACAGAAUAAUAUCUUAUAACGUAUUUUCUCCCUCCUUCUCGUAUGCCUUCGUGGAACUGGAAGCUCACUGUUUUCAUCUGUAUUCGGGAAUGCAUAAAAGUUUAAAUAUUUUAGAAAUAUAAUAUAGAUUGGGGAGGAAAUUCUCUUGUAAUAUCUUUCUUUGGUUCACUUAGUAAUGUCUAUAUGCUGGUAAAGAUAUGUAUAUUCUUAAGAGUUAUACUGUGUCAUGACAAUCUUUCGUUCAUAAUAAAAUAUAUUCGUAAGAGUUA